CAAAAGUGUAAUUUUUUUGGCCUCGUGUAAUAAUAAGACAUCCGAUACGUAAUUAUCGUACUGUACUGGCAUGUGACCAGAGCUAGACCUAACGCAGCAACGGCUGACGGCGCUAAACCCGAAGCGCCGACAUGCUGCAAUUACUCCUAGUCAAAGUUGUUCGAAGACGGCGGUUAUUAUAAUAAUAAUGAUAAUAAUACCAAGAGUGAUGGGCAGUCAUACUUCCCCAGCCUGGUCUUUCAAGAUGUCGCCCCUGUCUUGUCUUCUUCUCUUCAGUUUCUCCCACGUCUACUAUCCCCUUCCCCUUCCCGAUUCAACCCACGCUCGGAGCAUUGCGAUAAGAGUUCGCGACGGUCGCGUCUUGCCGUCCAUUAUAUCUCAUAGCUGCUCUUUUCCCGGACUCUCCCAUGUCUCUCCAAGUCCCCGAUCACCGGUCGCGGACACACUCCCGACCGCGAUCGCGAUCGCGUGGGCGUUCCAAGUCACCCGGUGGCCAUCGCUCCUCCUCUCAGCUCCCGUCCGCUGACUCCAGAGCACCGGAGACGUACCACUACGGCUCUCGCCGCGAGGACGGCGAUAUGAAGACUGUGCAUGUGUUGUCGCAUGAUCCAAGGAGAAAUGGUGGUGGGAGUAGUCGGGGUCACGCGUCAGGCUCUACUUACUAUCUGUCGGGGGAUGAGGCGCAGGGAAGCGGACGCGAGGGAUAUCUGCACAGGCACAGCAUGCAUCAUAGUGAGACGAGUUCAGAUUUGGAUUCGGACUCGGACAUGUCGGAUGAUGUGAGCCUGAUGGCGGCCGCAAGGUCGCACUACAGUCAUCGUCCACGCAAGGGUGGGAGCUCCUCUGAGAACAUUCUUGAUUCAGACUCUAGCGAUGAUGGGCUGGUCUACGGAGACUUCCACACUGCGGCGAGAAAUUAUGUCCUCUCGGCUUCUCCUAGCACUUCGUCUACUAAAUUGGAUUUAUCCAAGUCGUCCAGCAAACCUGGUGGACCUCCUACCGUGAGCCCGCUGCCUUCUGACAGGCCAGAGAAACAAGUGCCUGGUAGCUUUCCUAGGGAUGUCGAUCCAAAUCAGCCUAUUAAUGUGCAUCCUUCAAGUUCCAGUGCCAUGGGACCUGUCAACGUCAGUACUACCACUGCUGGCGCGCCAACUUCGCCUACGUAUCCGUCCAACUGGGCCCCAAUUCCAGAGUGCGAAAUGCCGGGCUUCGUCCCACCCUCCUCCCGACCCGGGGUACAGAUGCAAACGCAGGCCAUUCCCGAGGAAUUUCCCCCCAGUCGACCCCAGAUUGCUACUUCUAGGCCGCAGCAUGCAAAUCCGGAAAGGAGUCAGUUAUACGCCCAGCCUCAGCAGUGGCAAUACGCGCAGAUCGAUCCCAAUACUUUCAAUUAUGUGUCCAUGCCUUCUUCCCAGCUGGAUUCAUGGUCAGCAGCUGCCAGGGUUGAUACCCAGGACUAUACAAUGAGCGGUGGCCUACUAUCUUCCCCGACGGCAAUAACGCCUAGUAAUCAUCGUAGUCGCUCGAUGUCAUCUGCGGGCAAACCUGCUGGCAACCGUCCUAGCAGUCUCUCCGUAUCGUCUGUGAACGACCUCUCGGUUUCUACCACAAGCAUGGGUGGUGCACCGGCCAGCCCUCUUCUGGAACCAUACAAAGGUACAUAUCAAUCCAUUUCGCCUAUGCCAUCGCCAAUUGUAAUACCGGCCGAACUCAACGAUGAUCUAUCUGAUCUAGAGCCUCUGAAUAAGGGCUCUGAGCGAAGAAAGCACGGAGGCGCAUCGAGUAAGGAGCUGAAGGUUGAAAUCCCCAAAGAGAGUCGCAGCCGCAGCCGCAGUCGCAGCCGCAGUCGACACACACGGCACCACUCGGACCAACACAGUCGCAGCCCCGGCCCCGAGCAUAACUCAAUGGUGCUCAUAUCCCCCUCUAGCGGCCGGAAAAUGGUAUCCUUUUAUGACCCCGUUCCCGAUGCUGUUGCAAUGUCGGAAGCCCUGGCCCGUUUCCGCAGUGUUGAUAUCAAAGUCCUUACCCGCAUUCUGCCGCAUUUGUCCAGCGAUGAGAUUCUGGCCCUGCGAAAGGAGUAUAAAAACCUGGUCAAGGUGCAUGGCAAGGGCAUCAACAUCGCCAAACACAUUCGACUUAAACUCGGCAACGACCCGCUAGGAAAGAUCUGCUACGCUACAGCACUGGGCCGAUGGGAAUCGGAAGCCUUUUGGGCCAACUGCUACUACCAGUCGAGCACGUCGAGACGGGAACUGCUGAUCGAAUCGCUGAUGGGCCGUACGAAUGCCCAGAUCCGCGAGAUCAAAGAGUGUUUCCGCGACUCACGCUAUUCGGAUAGCCUGGAGAAGUGCAUGAAAGCGGAACUAAAAGCGGACAAGUUCCGAACGGCCAUCUUGCUUGCUCUGGAGGAGCGACGGCAAGAGGAGCGCGAGCCGCUGGAUGCGGGGCUGGUGCAGCGCGACUUGCAGGACUUGCGUCGAGCACUCGUUUCGCGGGAGGGUGGUGAGACUGCGAUGAUAUUCAUCAUUGUGCUGCGGAGUGAUGCGCAUCUACGGGAGGUGCUGAGGGCAUACGACCAUGUGUACCGGGAGAACUUCACGCGGGCAAUGAUUGCGAGAUCGGGCAACCUUGUUGUAUGUUCGUUCCUUUUUACCCCGUCUUGACUUCCCCGGGGCUCCCUCAAAUUUGCCUAUGGGACCGUGACAACUGACUGCGUGACAGGGAGAAACACUAGCACAUGUCCUCAAUGGGGCGCUGAACCGUCCCAUGCGCGACGCACUUCUCUUGAACCAGGCUCUUCGCGAGUCGCGAACGGGCAGGGAACGCUCCGAGCUGCUCAUAUCCCGCCUCGUCCGACUGCAUUGGGAGCCGCGACACCUGGAACGCGUGAAGACUGAGUUCCGGAAACGAUACGGAGAGCGCCUGGAGGAGGCGAUUGCGGAGGAGAUACUGACGACGAGCGGGGGAUGUGAAUGGGGGGAAUUCUGCAUUGAGCUGGCGCGGAGUUCUCGUAGUAGCUGACCGUCUUUUUGGGUUUCUUGGGAUGAUUCCUAGCCGAAUAAAUGAUCAGUGGGCUUGUGUUGUAACAAAUUAAUAUAAUAAUGAAUGCUACCUUGCUCAAGUUCCA